AUGACAAAUCUUCUUAUCGAAUCAACAACAACAGUUGUCAAUAAAAUACUUGAUGAUAUCAAAGAAAAUAUUAAUGAUUAUCAUCACAUCAAUGAACAAGUGGAAAAAUUAAAUGUUAAUUCUGAACAAAUUCAUUUAAAUUCAAAUAAUGGAGAGCAAUCGAAAUCACUAAAUAUACAUGAUUUACUUGAAAAAAAUAUUGAUGAUCAUAAAGAGAAUUCAUUAGUAUCAUCAUCAUCAUCAACAGAUUCAAAUGAAUUAACGAUACCACUUAUAUUAAUGAAUAAACAAAUUGAACUUAUACAUCCUCUUGAAAAUCAAUGGUCAUUUUGGUAUUUAAAAAAUCAACAAGGAAAAAAUUGGCAAGAUAAUUUAAUGAAACUAGCAACAUUUGGUUAUGUAGAAGAAUUUUGGGCUCUAUUCAAUCAUCUACGUGUAGCAUCACGUUUACCACCAAGUUGUGAUUAUAUGUUAUUUAAAACACCUAUUUUACCUUGUUGGGAAGAUUCACAUAAUUCCAACGGUGGUCGUUGGGUUCUUUAUUUUUCUAAAUCCGAACAAGUCUAUCUUAAUCUUGAUGUUUGUUGGCUUGCUUCAAUGUUAUCUUUAAUCGGUGGUCAAUAUGCACAAGAUACAAAUUAUGUUAAUGGAGUUGUUUUAUCAGCACGUAAAAGUUGUGAUCGUAUUGCUCUUUGGACAUCGGUUCAUCAUGAUCAACAACUUAUCUUUCGUAUUGGUCGACGUAUGCGUGAAUUAAUUAAUAUUCCACGACAAAUUCAUAUUUUAUUUGAACUUCAUAAUCAAGAAACAAAUACAACGACUAAUAUGACAUAUAAAAAGAAAAGUACAGCAGGAAAUAAAGUACUAUAUCAACUAUAA